AUGCCUUCUUUAGCAAAACAAAUCUCGCUCCUUGUCGUUACUGCUGCGGUCACGGCUCUAACACAAGACGAGUUUAAUCCUUCACUGCAACAAGUCGGAGCUACGUUUCAGUCCGCAGCGAAAGCAAUAGGCUCAAACGAUGAGAAUGUCUUUAACGAUCAGUUACAGUCUCUAGUUCAUGUGAUGGAAAAGCUGCUUGACACUUUGGUUGAUGUGACGUCACCCAUGUCUCUUGAUUCACUGCCUAGCUUUGUAUCUGCAUAUACCGCUCUUGAGAGUGGGAUUUUAGAUUAUACUCAGCAGAUCAAAGUUUACCAGACUUCGCAUCCCGAAAUGGACAAAACUACUGUGGGAAAAUCUGGUUUGGGCUCGAUAAUUUAUAGCGUUCAAAAGAAGCAGUUCGCCCUGCUUCCAGAGAAUGCACCUUGCAAGUUUAUCGAUGCUAUUUCGACAGCUUCAAACAAAGCAGAAGACUCAAUUAAUGAGGUCAUGGACAGCAACUAUGCAACAGCAUCUCUUCCGGAUUGUGUAGUGAAUUCAGAUGAUGAUCUCCUCGAGAGCGGUGGCCCCGACAGCAGUUCAGCGAGUAGCACCGGGAAAAGUCCUGUGCCCAGCUUGACUGAAAGCGAGCCCACAGCUCUGACUGUUACUUCUUUCAUGGAUUCUGAAACGACCAUCACUGACUUGGUUAGUUGUAAUGUAUGUGUCUCGAAGAAGUCGAAAAUGACAAACAUCAUAUCUUCUACUUUAUCGCCGACGCUAAGCAAGAGCAGCUUGUAUGACACCUCUAAAACUGAUUUAAAUGCUGAAAGUACAGCAACCUCAGUUUCAAGUGGAAUCUUCCGAAACUCUUCUACCAUCACGCAAACCACAGACCGGGCAACAACCAGCAUUAGCACCCCGUACUCCGUGUUACCUACCGGGCCCUCACCAGCCCCAAAUACGACGGAACAUCGGUUCACCACGAUAGUCACUACUGCGUUCACGACAUUCUGUCCAGAGCCAACGACCUUUUGUUACGGUGACGACAAGUGUUCCACCGUAACUGAAAGUACGACACUUACCAUUACGGAUUGCCCUUGCACAGUUGUGGUUCCACUUGAAACCACUAGCACCAAGUACGGACCUGGUCAAAAUAUGACUGUGUCCGUUUCAGUUCCUCAAGGCGAGCCUGUUCCGACCACGGAACUAAAGACGCAAAGUGAAAAUACUGCUGUGCCUACAUCCGGGUCCCGAAACGAGACGAUUUCUCAAAAUCCAUCAAUCGGAACACUUCAGCCUACAUCCGGGUUCCUAAAUGAGACUAUUCUUCAAUCAGAAGGCAGAACGGCCCAACCUACAUCGGAACACCAAACUGCUACGGGUGCUCAACCGACAUUGAAGAGCCAAACCGAGGGAGUCGGCUCCAAUCCACCGCAUACUAAAAGCGAGAUAGUUGACCACCCCACAUCGGUAGUAAACGGUGAAACUUUUACUGAACUCACGCAGGCACCUCCAAGUGGAUUACCCGAAUCUGUCUCAACUGAAAACGUUCUUUUACCCGGCGUCGAAAGCGAAACUGGAGCUGGAAUUAUGCCCACCUCAGAGCCGCAAGCUGCGGUCUCUAUGGUACCUACGUCAGAGCCACAGCCCGGACUUGAUCUGGUUCCGACUUCGACGCCUCAAGGCGCACCUCAGCUAGCAAACAAAGGCUCAAAGCUGGGCUCUGUCCUUGCCUUUGUGCUUUUACCGUUGCUUUUCUAG